AUGGUGUCCGGAGACUCCCCUGGAGCACAUCCAGCCUCUUCGAAUUGGAUGUGGCUUGUGAUGGGCAGUGGAGGACGGGAAAAUUCGGAGGUGAGGGGCUCACAAAAAACCCCUGCUGUAGAAGCUGGUUCAGUAGAAAAAUUACCCGUGGAAGGAUCCUUACUCAAUGAAAAGGCUAGCUGAUUGGAAAGGAUAAUGUUGGGUUUGGUCGGCCGCGAUGGGUUUCGUUUCCUUGAUAGAAUCUGCGGGAGAACCCUUUGAGUACUCCAGGUUGUGCUGCUGUGAACUGGAAUCCUGGAGACCACAAUAGUGAGCCGUAGCCGAAAACCCACAAUGACCUGGUCAUCUUUGUACUAUCAAUCUGCUGUUACUGGAAAAUAAAAGUUACCAAUAUUAUAUAGAAAUAUUGUUCCAAACAUUUCGAUCGGAUUACCUUGCUACUGAAGGAGUUCAAGCAAGGACCAAGUAAGUCAUAAAUGUUUAAUAAUAAUAAUACACUCUUUAAUAAUUAAAGUCUAUUUUAAACAAAAUAAAGUAAGAAAAUUCUUAGUUUCAGAGCCUCAGUGUAAAAAAAAAAGGACAUAAAAGUUAAAUAAAUAGAAAUAAUAAGAAACUAUAACGUACCUUCUUAUAUUAACAUAAAAAAGAUUAGAAAAUUAGAAAAAAACAAGAAACCAACAAACAAUUUAUAUUGACAUUUUAGAAAGUGAAAGGGCAGACUUUGGUUGAAUAGACGGGAUUUAAAUGUGGAGAGGAGAUUGGAGCGACGCACAGUGGGGCAUGGGGUUUUUUUUUUUUUUUUUUUUUUUAGAACCCCCAAAACUAGAUAAACUGUUUUAUCGAUACCUUGUGGAGUUGUCGAGAAUAUUUUCAGUUGGAAGAAUAUAAAUUGUUCACUGUUUUUAUUGGAUAGUUCAAAUGAAAAUAGAAUAGAAACAGAUUUAGCCGAUGACGCGAGUUUUCCCAUACUCGUCCAACUGUGCGACGAUUUGGGAAGAGAUAGAAAUGCUUUGGGAAUAGCGGGUAUUGCGAGAACAGAGAAUUUGAAUUUUGAAGGUACUUGGAGAUGUAUGUAUGAUGGACGCGGAGAUCAAGAACUUGGAAGAGGAAGAAUACCUGGAAAUACUUAAGGAAGAUAGGAAGGAUAAAACCACUUCAACUCUUCAUACAAGUCAAAAUAUGGAAAUAUUAAGAAAGUAACCAGAAACUUACAGACUUCAAAUGGGAAAGGAGGCAAUUUAGUCGAUUCAAUGUGAAAAAGGAGCUACGAUUGAACCUUUGUUUUUCUUUAAAAAAAAUUGUUGGUGAGAGAAAAUUUUGAAAUAUAAAUUUUAAAAUGAAAAUCCUCUAAGAUAGUUUGCACUAACCAAUAACAGAGUUUAUAUUGAGUCAAAGACGUAGUCUUUCUUACGUUAUGUUACACUAUGAGAACCGAUGUUACACUCGUGUUCGGUUCUUGCACCAAUUGAAACAUCAACAUUGUCCGCAGAGCAAAACGCAUUACAAAAUAAAUUUGAAAAUUUGGACUUACUUGGUAUCAAGGCCCUCAACUGGUUCAGUAUCGAUCUAAAAUCAUACAUCAUUUGCAUAUGUCACGAGAUGUAAGUGAAAUCAUGGAAUAUAGCGUAUAUAGGCUAUGGCUAUCUCAAAAACACUCCGGUAAAUAAACCAAAAUAUCCUGGCAAAAAACGAUUCAAUAUUUGUUAAACGGACAUAUCUUUAGCCCCUUAGUUCAUACAUGACUUACCUUGCUCUUAUCCGAUGGUAUGGAUUAUUUUUUUUAAGACACAAUAUUAAAUACUAUGUUGUUUUGCAUAUAAUGCAUUUAUAUCACUAUUACAGCAUUAUUACCUAGGUUAGGAAAACGUUGCUCAUCAUAAUAUGUAACUGCGUCUCAACUCCCCUAGAAGGCUCGAUGUUUUGCUUACUUUUCGAAUCGAACGAUCGUGGGAAUCUUAAAUUGCUUUAAUUGUAUUUACAAAUCAGGAGAUACCUGAGUCAGUAGAUUUUAGUCGACGUUCAGAUUCACCGAAUAACAGGUAAAAUAACAGAGAGAUUCCACUAGUGGAUAUGUUUUGACAGGAAUAUUCACUAGUGGAUAUGUUUUGACAGGAAUAUUCACUAGUGGAUAUGUUUUGAUAGGAAUAUUCACUAGUGGAUAUGUUUUGACAGGAAUAUUCACUAGUGGAUAUGUUUUGACAGGAAUAUUCACUAGUGGAUAUGUUUUAACAUGAAUAGUGACAUUUUGGUGCCCUAUUCGCCAUUCACGAUUUCCUACAGUUAUUUGAAAUGAAAUAGGAUGCGAUAUAAAUUUUUCGAAGGAUUUAUGUCGUGGUUUUUGUUUUGAAUAAGCAGGUGAGUUUUGCUGAACUCUUAAAUUCUAUCCUCUUGUUUCAGUUUAAAUAAACUAUUAUAAUAAAUUUUGUGAACGUUUGAACGAAUGAUAAAGUAGACAGCGUCAGUUUGUCGUUUUUCUUUUUUAAGUUUGUGCUGAGUCGUUUUCCUAGACAUAGUUAAGCAUACAGUAAGUAGUUUUGUACUAAUAAUUAGUAAUUGAUGAAUGAUUUUAAAAUUUGUGUUACAGUUCAAUAUAAUUCUGAUUUUAUAGUUUUUAUAUAAAUUUUAGUUUUUUAUUCUUGUUAGAGAAGUUCUAAAAUUAAAUUUUAUUACAUUUUUUUAAAUAAAAAAAAUCACUUCAUGAUAUGAUUUAUGAUUGUAUUUUAUUUUUAAAAAACGGUCAAAAAAUCUAUUAAAAACGAAUUCUUUUAUCACGAAGUAAUUUGUAUUUAUUUG